CAGUGCUCCUCUUUUUUUGACCACAAGAUCAGCAGGAGCCGAGGAUAUAGAAAUAACAGACGUGUCACGCGCUCAUUCCUCCGGGUUCCAAGGAUUCAACGAACGACUCUCUCUCAGGUACCAGCCAUCUCUCAGCUUCGGUUCUCACCAAUUCUCAUUCUCGUCUCCCUCUCUGGCAAUGACUUCGGAUCUGCUUCGGAUCUCUCUUUAUCCUCCUCGGAACCUCUGUUUCAGCUACGAUUCAAAGUCUAAUGUUCAUGGAUUCAGCUUCAGUUCUCUUCCACAACGACGCCGUUCUCAGCGUCUCUGGAAAGUCUCCGGUAGAAGAGCGCCUAAUUUUAAUUUUAUUUUCUCGAAGGCCAUUGAUAUUAGAGCUCCGGUGAAAAGCACGCCUUUGACGGAGGAGCAACGGCCGCGGGGCGACUCGCCGUUGCUUCUCGAUGUCACUGGGAUGGUGUGCGGAGCCUGCGUUGCGCGAGUCAAAUCUGUGCUGUCCGCCGAUGAGCGUGUCGAAUCGGCGGUGGUCAACAUGCUGACGGAGACGGCGGCGGUCCGGAUAAGGCCGGAUGUUGUGGAGGAGACCGUGGGGGAGAGCUUAGCGAGGAGGUUGACAGAGUGUGGAUUUCCGACGACGGAGAGGGUUUCGGGGACGGGAGUUGAGGAGAAUGUAAAGAAGUGGAGGGAGAUGGGGGAGAAGAAGGAGGCGUUGCUUGUGAAGAGUCGGAAUCGGGUGGCUGUUGCUUGGACUUUGGUGGCGUUGUGCUGUGGAUCGCAUGCUUCGCACAUUUUGCAUUCUCUCGGGAUUCAUGUUGAUCAUGGGUCAUUUUGGGAGCUACUUCAUAAUUCAUAUGUGAAAGGUGGAUUGGCUUUGGGUGCUCUCCUGGGACCCGGACGAGAGCUACUUUUUGAUGGUCUGAGGGCAUUCUCAAAGGGAUCACCAAAUAUGAAUUCUCUUGUAGGAUUUGGAUCUGUUGCUGCAUUUGGCAUAAGUGUGGUCUCACUUCUUAACCCCGGGCUUCAAUGGGAUGCAUCAUUCUUUGAUGAACCGGUCAUGCUUCUUGGUUUUGUGCUCCUUGGACGUUCUCUUGAAGAGAAGGCGAGGAUCAGGGCAUCUAGCGAUAUGAAUAAACUUUUAUCUCUGAUAUCCACUCGGUCACGGCUUGUGAUUACUUCGUCAGAAAGUGACUCCUCUACUGAUAGUGUACUUUGCUCUGAUGCAAUGUGCAUUGAAGUCCCAACUGAUGAUAUUCGAGUUGGGGACUCAGUGUUGGUUUUGCCUGGAGAAACAAUACCUGUAGAUGGAAGAGUUCUUGCUGGAAGAAGUGUUGUGGACGAGUCCAUGCUUACAGGAGAAUCACUUCCCGUAUUUAAGGAAGAGGGUUUUGUGGUCUCUGCUGGAACAAUAAACUGGGGUGGUCCUUUAAGGAUUGAAGCCUCUUCAAACGGCUCCAACUCCACAAUAUCUAAGAUCGUUUCCAUGGUUGAGGAUGCUCAAGGCCGUGCAGCACCCAUACAAAGGCUUGCAGAUUCAAUUGCUGGACCAUUUGUCUAUAUUGUGAUGACUUUAUCAGCAGCAACUUUUACCUUUUGGUACUACCUAGGCACACACAUCUUUCCAGAUGUCUUGUUCAAUGAUAUUGCUGGACCAGAUGGAAAUCCUUUGCUUUUGAGCUUGAAACUUUCUGUGGAUGUCUUGGUGGUCUCCUGUCCAUGCGCACUGGGGCUUGCCACACCUACUGCAAUCUUAGUUGGCACCUCUCUCGGAGCUAAACAAGGACUUCUUAUAAGAGGAGGAGACGUACUAGAACGUUUGGCCAGUGUUGACCAUGUCGCUUUUGACAAGACUGGAACUCUUACAAAAGGAAAACCAGCUGUUUCUGCUGUGGCAUCUUUGGCUUAUGAAGAACAAGAAAUUCUCCGCAUUGCUGCUGCUGUGGAGAAAACAGCAGUGCAUCCAAUUGCAAAGGCUAUUGUAAAUAAAGCAGAAUCGUUGAAUUUGACCAUCCCAAUCACAACAGCGCAAUUAGUAGAACCAGGUUUCGGCUCCUUGGCAGAAGUAGAUGGGCGUUUGGUCGCUGUGGGUUCAUUGGAAUGGGUUCAAGAUCGCUUUCAAAGGAGAACAAACCACUCUGAUCUAAUGAAUUUAGAAAAUGCCAUGAUGCAUCAUUUAUCAAAUGAAGUAUCUUUGUCAAACCAUUCCCGAACAGUUGUUUAUGUUGGACGUGAAGGAGAUGGUGUGAUUGGUGCUAUUGCAGUAUGUGACAGUUUACGCCAUGACGCCAAAUCUGCUGUAACCAGGCUUCAGGAGAAAGGAAUCAAAACCAUCCUCUUGUCAGGGGACAGGGAAGAGGCAGUUGCAACUAUAGCAAAGACUGUUGGAAUAGAAAGUGAAUUUAUAAACUCAUCCUUGACUCCUCAGCAGAAAUCUGGUGUCAUAAAAUCUCUCCAAACUGCAGGACAUCGUGUUGCAAUGGUAGGUGAUGGCAUAAAUGAUGCACCCUCUUUAGCUCUUGCCGAUGUUGGGAUAGCUUUGCAAGUUGAAUCACAGCAAAGCGCAGCAUCUGAUGCAGCAUCCAUUAUACUUCUUGGAAAUAAAAUCUCACAAGUGGCAGAUGCAUUAGAUCUCGCACAAGCCACAAUGUCAAAAGUCUAUCAAAAUUUGUCAUGGGCAGUUGCAUAUAAUGUGGUCGCAGUCCCCAUUGCUGCCGGGGUACUACUUCCCCGCUUUGAUCUUGCCAUGACGCCUUCCCUUGCAGGUGGGUUGAUGGCUCUGAGUUCAAUAUUCGUAGUGACCAACUCGGUGCUUCUGCAGCUUCAUGGGUCUGACAAGAACAGGAAAAGCUAGCUCUAGCUCUAGCUCUAGCUCUGCUCACAAACCCAAGUCCCUGUCAGGUCAAGUCCGAAAAUUCCAGGUGAGUUUCCUUCUGUGACGGUAUAUGUAUGAGUGAAUAUCAGUGGAAGAAUCAAAGACAAAAACCAGUGAAUUAUGAAAAAACAAACGAAUGUGUCAUGCUGUUGUAUUUCCUUUCCUUUUUUGUUUCUUUAUCCAUGCGUAUUAACUUAAACCGUAAUAAUACAAGUGUCGGCCUAGUCCCACCGCUGGGCCAAGUGGGGAAGUGUUGCGCCUGAA